GAGAGAGGUUUGAGAGGGAGAGAAGGAGGAGGAGAAAGAAGUGUCACUGAUGAUUAUGAACGUCUGGACAACUCAAGGACAGGCUAUGCUACUUCUCCUCGAUCCAGUUUGAAGAAGGAGGGGCUGAGCACUCCGCUUUAAUCCGAGCAAGUUGUCUGGAGGGACAAGGCGAGCCAAACCGAGCCGAGCCAAAGCGAGCAGGCACGGGGACAGGGGCGAUGUGUGCCGCAGCAGCCGGACCCGGGCCUCUCCUCCUCUGACAUGCAGGCUGUGCUAUGAGCGGGGUUUUCUUGGAGACAAGAGAAGCAUGUUCUGAAAAUUGGAGUCGGAUCACACCCAAGCCAUGAGCCACAAGUAUCAGGGAGAGACAUCCGGGGAAGCCGGCGAGGAGCACAAGUUGCCUCCGAGGAGCAGGCAGCCCAACGGGACGUCACCCGGGGAACCUCCUGUACGUCGGUCCUGGAGACCAUGUCAGAUGCUCAACCAGGAUGGGGAACUGAAUCCCCAUCAUAAUCAUCAUCAUCACCAUCAUCAUCAGCAUCAUCAUCAGCCUCAUCACCACCACCAUCACCCACCCACAGGUCGCGGACCCCAUCGGCAUCGCCGGCGGCCUCCAUCAGGACAGGGGCAGGGCCAAAGCCAGGCUCAGAGUCCUGGUCAGGCCCCGCUGGCGGCUCCUUCCAGGCCAGACCAAGACGAAAGUCGAGAUGCUGAGCCUCGUCCUGUGCAGCAACCCCGCCCUGCUGUCACCCGUUACCGCCGCCAUGGUGACCCUAACCCCAGGCUUAGAGGUCACAGACACAGGCAGCCAAUCAGAGAGAUGCAGGACGCUUUACCUGGUGCGGAAGAGAAAGAGAGUCCAGCAGAGGUGAAGGUGCAGCAACGCUCAUCAGAGGAUCCUGUAACCGAUCAACUGCAGGACAGAGGAUCUCCGCACCAGACUCCUGUUGCAGUUGUCACCCCCACCCACCUUUCACCUGGUCCUGCAACACAUAACGCCAAACUUCGCCGCCCGCACACUCCUCCGGCCGAGGCAGAAGAGGACCUCCAGGAACCUAAAGCGGAGUGUGAAGAAGAAUCAGAGGAAGUUAAGGAGGUUGACGAAGAACAAGAGCAGGCGGAGGAUGAUGUAGACCAGCGCUCGACCACAGCUCACCCCAGCUGCAGUCAUAACGACGCGCAGACAGUCGAUGACGGAGCAGAGGAGCGUGCAGAAAGAGUGGAGGAGGAUCAGGAGGAAGUGAUGGACGAUGUAGCGGAGGACAUUGCAGCUCAGGGAAGUGAAAUCACAGAUCUCUGCUCUGACACGGAGAGCGCCGCCUCUCUCAGUAUGGACGGACCUCUCCACAGCCCGCCGCCACUCCAGUCACCGACUCCUCCGUCGUCCCCCGAUGUCCCACCUUUCCCCCAGCUGGACCACUUCAGCGAGGACACCAGUAUGAGCCCUCUGCCCGACAACGACCUGUUACCUGAAGAUGAGGACGACUGCUCUGAAUCGUGCUCGCUGUCUCACACUUCCUGCUCUGACUCUUAUCCUAAAACCUAUGCAGACUUUUAUACAGAGUCCCAUCAAAAACCGUACCAAGAGCCCGUCUACGAGUCGUACUCGGAGCCUAAAUCCCAUCCCAACUCUUUUCCUGAGCCCCUUAAGACCUCCUACCCAGAGUUACACAGAGAGCCUCGCAGGCAAUCUGGUCGGCGGACUGAGACUAAUGAGGCCCAGCAGGAGUCCCGCCAAGAGCCCUUUACCAGCCAUAGACAGGAGAAUGUACAAAAAGGGGCUCCACCCUCCCCGACCAAGGGCCCCCAUUACACCCCAAGGCAGGGCAGAGACCGAGGCUCGCAUCACGCCCCCCUGGACCGCUCUGUUGGCUGCCGGCUGCACCACUAUGACGGACAGUCUGACGGUGAGGGGGACAGCGGCGAUCAAAGUCCAAUUCCCAAAAGUCGCAGGCAGGCACUCAGACAAGCAGAGACCCAGGCCAAGAGCCCCUCGUCUGGGCAAAGCAGCUCAGGAGACGCACAGGAGGAGCGGAACGUGGUGGGAGUCCAAGGGGAGGACGGUACGAGGGGUUCAGGGGACGCCAUUAGCAUGGCGAUUAAAGACAUUAAGGAGGCGAUUGAGGAGGUGAAGAUUAAGACGAUACGUUCCCCCUACACACCUGAUCAGCCUGUGGAGCCGAUUUGGGUGAUGAGGCAGGAGGUCAGCCCCACAGAGGAGGCGUACCCGCCGCAGACUACAGCUGGCCAUUCUUCUCCUCACUCCCCCGCUCAGUCUGUGUCUGAGUCUCCGUCCCGAUACUCCUCCGUUCCAGUUCGGGAGCCGGUCAGUCCGCUGAGAGCUGAGUCAGCCAGAGCUCUUCAUCCUCAACAAUAUCACCAACAGCAGCCCCAACAACACAACCACUACCACCACCAACACCACCAAACCCAAGGCCACCAUACACAGCAGAGGGACGCAGCGAGGCCGCAGCAGACGUACCCACAGCCGCAACCGUACGGACACGUGCCGCCUCAUCACCAUCACCAACGUCAGCAUCAGCAACAGGUUCAGCACCAACAGCAGCAGCAGCAGCUUCCAGCUCAGCGGCCGCGGCCUCCAGUUCAGCCACAGUCGCCUCCACAGCCGCCGUCUGUCCAGGAGCUUCGCAGAUCUCUUCCUUCGUUUCCUACGUUUGUGGACGUCCCGGGACCAUGUGACCCCGAAGACCUUAUUGACGGCAUCAUCUUUGCAGCGACCUACCUGGGCUGCACCCACCUGCUGUCAGAGAGGACGCCCACAAAGAGCGCCCGCAUGCAGCAGGCACAGGAGGCCAUGAGCAGAGUGCGGGCGGCUCAGAAGCAGGCAAAGAACAGGAAAAAGAGCCCCGACGGGGACGCUCCGUCCACUGCUGAGGUCGAUCUGUUCAUGUCCACACAGAGGAUCAAAGUCCUCAAUGCAGACACUCAGGAGUCUUUAAUGGACCUCCCGCUGAGGACAAUUUCGUACAUCGCAGACAUCGGUAACAUGGUGGUGCUGAUGGCUCGGGGGAAGAUGGUGCGCUCCCGCAGCGCGCAAGAAAACCUGGACCACACAGCUGAGCAAACCACCAUGAACCACGACGACAGACGGCUGUACAGAAUGAUCUGCCACGUCUUCGAGUCUGAGGAUGCCCAGCUGAUAGCUCAGUCCAUCGGUCAGUCUUUCAGCGUCGCCUAUCAGGAGUUCCUGAGGGCCAACGGCAUCGACCCCGAGGAUCUGAGCCAGAGGGAGUACAGCGACCUGCUCAACACUCAGGACAUGUACAACGACGACCUCAUCCACUUCUCCAAGUCUGAGAACUGCAGAGAUGUUUACAUUGAGAAGCAGAAAGGAGAGAUCCUUGGUGUGGUGAUAGUGGAGUCGGGCUGGGGGUCCAUCCUCCCCACCGUCAUCAUCGCCAGCAUGAUGCAUGCUGGUCCGGCUGAGAAGUCUGGUCGACUCAACAUUGGUGACCAGAUCAUGACCAUAAACGGGACGAGCUUGGUGGGUUUACCGCUCAGCACGUGCCAGAGCAUCAUCAAGGGUCUCAAGUCUCAAUCCAGGAUCAAGAUGAACAUCGUCAGGUGUCCUCCCGUCACCAUGGUGCUCAUCCGCAGGCCGGACCUCAGAUACCAGCUGGGCUUCAGUGUGCAGAAUGGCAUUAUCUGCAGCCUGAUGAGGGGAGGCAUUGCUGAGAGAGGAGGCGUUCGCGUCGGCCACCGCAUCAUCGAGAUCAACGGCCAAAGCGUCGUAGCAACGCCUCACGAGAAGAUCGUUCAGAUUCUGUCUAACGCCAUGGGAGAGAUCCACAUGAAGACGAUGCCUGCAGCCAUGUAUCGUCUGCUGACAGCACAGGAGCAACCUGUCUACAUCUGAGCGCACAAUUCUCACUCUUUCCUGCACAUCACUCCAUCUUUACUACUGUCCGUCCAUCUCUCAGUUGUUUUAAAAACCUUUCUCCUCUCUGUAUCUUGUUUGAUAUCACUUGACUUGCCUUAAUCUGUACAGUACACUGUCAUGUCAACAUGUACAUCUACAGUAUGACAGCAGAAGACAGAUUAUCAUACUAGGCCGAGUGUUAAUGUGACGUGUUAUGUUUGACCAAAGAGAACUUGUGGAUUUUGUUGUGCAAAUUUAGGUGGCGAACAGAGUAAAUAUAAACUUUGGUUAAAUAGCUGUAAUAUCUGAAUGUACUCUAAUCAUGUUGGACCUAUAAAUUGUCAGGGCAACCCAGAUGAUGAACAACUUUUAAACUGAACUGGUCUAGUUAAAGGAGAUAUGCAUGUAUGAUUCUGCUGAAUAAAAUUAAGAAGAAAAUGUGGACAGAAAAUUCUGGUUUGUUUUAUUCAAGGGAUUGACAAGUGGUAUGCGUCAUGGCGAGUGCAAAGGAAAGGAAGGUGGAUGCAUAAUGCAGUGUUUCACAAAAGAAAUGGGCAAAGGAUUAUUUACUUGUCAAAGUAACAGGCAAGCCACUUUGCCUAGUUUGUGGUGUGGUGCUGGCAGCGAUGAAAAAGGCCAAUCUUUAGCAACAUUACAGUUGAAAGGACGAAUGUGUUUUGUUAAAAAAUAACGCUCUUCCUCUGAGCUUGGGUGGCCAACAGUCAGCUUUAACAAGACC